UCCCCAAGCUCCUCAGAGUCUUUGCUUCUUUUUUCUUCUCAUGCCUCUUCCAUAGGAUGUUCACCAUGACCAGAGACUUAGAAGACGCUCUUCUCCAGCACUUCAUAUGUCAGAAGCUGGAGAUUUCCUAUGCCAUAUACAAGCCAUUUCCCUUCUUCGAAGCCCUCCGAGACAGCUCCUUCAUCACCGAGAGAAUGUACAGGGAAUCCCUGGAAGCCUGUAGCAAUCUGGUUCCUGUAUCCAGAGUGGCGUACAACAUCCUCACCAAACUGGAGACGACGUUUAACCUGUCACUUCUGCAGAUGUUGUUCAGCCAAAUUAACCUGCGUGAAUAUCCCAACCUGAUGAAGAUUCUCAAGAGCUUCAAAAGAGUUGUUACCUCCUACGGAGGAUGGAGCAGAACCACGCCGAUCCUCACCGAAGUCCCAGCCAACCCAGCAGAAGGGAGCUCCCGCCAGGCCCUGCUGCUGCUGCCCCCACCCCAACGCCCUCCACCGAGCCGCCCACCCAGUGCACCCAGAGUCGGUGAGCCCAGAGCAUCCACGCAGCACAGCGCUGAGAUCCUGGGUGAGCCGCCCAGCUCUUCUGGCCCUGCCGUGUCUCCCCCCAGAGUCAUCCAAGAAGGAAGGAUCACUCCAGUGUCCAGUGACAACCUGACCCCCCAAAUAGAAGAUAAAGAAGACACUCAAGAGAUGCCCCGUGCUCCCUCAGGCCCAGUGCCAGUGAUAAGAGAUGAUUCUCCUGAACCAACUGACCCAAAAGAGCCCCAGAAGGCAUCCAGCACACCCCCCACAAAGAAAGGAAAGAAAAGAAAAAGAGAUAUCUGGUCAACUCCAAAAAAGAGGCAGAAAAAAAGCCUCCCAAGAGGGACAGCCUCACCUGGGCAUGGAAUCCAAAAGAAGCUCCAAGUGGUGGAUCAGGCAACUCAAAGGAAGGACGGGAACUUGAAGGUCGUGACAAGGGUUCAAAAGGCGAGGACUGGAUGUGCCCAAACCUUUGGACCAGAGGAGGUCAGUGAUGACACUUCAGAAAGGAAAGAAGGAAGGAGACCCCAGGAGCCACCUAGCACACCACCAGGAAUCAUGCACGAUCCCAUGGAUAGUGGAACUCAAUUGUCUUUGGGAAAAUCUCCCGGAGAAAAGCAAAAGAAGAGAAAAAAAUAUAACUGGUCAAGUGCAAAAAAAAGACAGAAGAAAAGGCUCCCAAGAGGGGCAGCCUCACCUGGGCACGGAAUCCAAGGGAAGCUCCAAGUGGUGGAUCAGGCAACUCGAAGGAAGGACGACUCAACGAGGAACUCAAAGGUCAUGCCAAGGGUCCAAAAGGCGAGGACUAGAUGUGCCCAAACGUCUGGACCAGAGGGUGAGGCUGAAAAGAAGAGGAAAAAAUGUAACUGGUCAAGUUCAAAAAAAAGACAGAAGAAAAGCCUCCCAAGAGAAAAACCCAAAGAUGAAACUGUGGAUUUUCAGUCUUCUAAACUUCCUGUGACCUGUGGUGAGGCAAAAGGGAUUUUAUACAAGGAGAAACUGAAACGAGGAGCCUCAGAGAAGUGCAUUCAGAAUGAGGAGGGAGUUUGGUUCACGCCAAAAGAAUUUGAAAAUGAAGGACGACGGGCACAUUCAAAGAACUGGAAGAGGAGUGUGCAUUGCAGAGGAAUGACUCUAGAACAGCUGCUGAAGAAAAGACUUUUGCAUUGUCCUCCAAGAAAAAGUCUCAAGAGAGAGUGGGAAAACUCCAAGGAAUGUGAGGUGUGCUGUAGAGGGGGACCACUGCUCUGCUGUGACACUUGUCCGAGAGCCUUUCAUGAGGACUGUCACAUCCCGCCUGCGGAGGCUGAGAGGAGCCUGUGGAGUUGCACCUUCUGCAGGAUGAAGGAGUCUUCAGGAAGCCAGCACUGUCACAGGGAAUCUGAGGUCCUGGCAGGGCAGAUGCAGCCUGAGGAGCAGUUGAAAUGUGAGUUCCUCCUCUUGAAGGCCUACUGUCAUCCACAAAGCUCCUUUUUUGCAGAGACUCCACAUAACAUUCGAGCUUAUGGUGAGCCCUUUAAGGAAGCCAUGUGGUUGGACCUGGUUAAGGAAAGGCUGACUGAGAAAGUGUACACAGCGGCAUGGUUUGUACGGGACAUGCGCCUGAUCUUUCGCAACCAUAAAACAUUUUACAAGGCUUCCAACUUUGGUCAGGUAGGACUGGAUUUAGAGGCAGAAUUUGAAAAGGAUCUCAAAGAGGUGCUUAUUUUUCGUGAAGCCAAUGAGAAUGGUUUCCAGGCUUCUCCUUGACCCUGUUCUGGAAGGACUGAGGAUCCGCGACUUCAGGAUCCAGAUGAUGUGACCUGGCCAUCCUUAGGCUGCCAAUGAGUCAGGGAUGUUAUUGGCUGCCCUCUUGACUCAAACCCAGGCCCUUCACAGCAUCAUCACAGCUUCUACCUCCUUUUAUUGUUUCUUUUUACAUCUAAAAAAUUAU